UCACCAGCUGGGCACAUUCAAAAUUUGUAUUUAAAGUAGGAGCGUUUUAUUGUUUUUUGUUCAUUUUAACAACGCUGUUUACGUUGGCGGACCACUUGGCGGCAAAGGAAACGCAAUUAAGUCGCGUCCGAACCAAAACUGCAAAUAAUACAAGCACGAAAUACACACACACCCACCCACCCACGCACAGACACGGUGUCAGCAACAAAAUAAAGGAGACCGUGAGAGAGAGCAAAAACAGCGGUAAAUUCGGCAAAUAACGUUACACAACCCACCAAAAGUGCAGCACCAGAGAGCGGCAGAACGAGAGCCAGAGAGGGAGCGCAAAAGGAGCAAUGGGUCUACUGAGCGAGGGCAGUCCACUCUCCUGGGAGGAGACCAAGGCACUGGCGGACCACGUCCGCGAGCACGGUGUCAACCAGUUCAUCAACCUGUACCACAGACUCAAGGACCGCCAGGGCGACAUUCUCAAGUGGGGCGACGAGGUGGAGUACAUCAUUGUGAAGUUCGACGAUGAGCAGAAGGUGGCCCGCGUGGCGCUGCGCGCCCAGGAUCUGCUGGCCGAGCUGAACGAGAAGGAGCUGGCCGAUCCCAAGGGCGUCAAGUCGCUGUGGCGUCCCGAGUACGGUGCCUACAUGAUCGAGGGCACUCCCGGCAAGCCCUUCGGCGGCCUGAUGGCCCACUUCAACCUGGUGGAGGCCAACAUGCGCUACCGUCGCGAGGAGGUCACCGAGCUGUUGGCCAAGGACGAGUGCGUCAUGUCCAUCACGAAUUUCCCGCGCCUGGGCGCGCCGAAUUUCACCUAUCCCCCGGCCCAGCCGCGUCCCGAGGAUCCACUCAGCUCGGCCCGCUCGCUCUACUUUCCGGACGAGGCCAUCUUUCCGGGUCAUCCGCGCUUCAAGACCCUCACCCGUAACAUUCGCAAGCGACGCGGCGAGAAGGUGUCCAUCAAGCUGAAGGUUUUCAAGGACACCAAGACCAAGCUGCCGGUGGAGGGUGCUCCGCCCGGGGAGCCCGAUGUGGUGCUCCUGGACGCCAUGGGCUUCGGCAUGGGCUGCUGCUGCCUGCAGCUGACCUUCCAGGCCUGCAACAUCACGGAGGCGCGCCGCCUCUACGACCAGCUGGCUCCCCUGUGCCCCAUCAUGUUGGCCCUGACGGCCGCCUCGCCCAUUUACCGGGGCUACCUCACCGAGUCGGACUGCCGCUGGAAUGUGAUCAGCUCGUCGGUGGACUGCCGCACCGAGGAGGAACGCGGACUGGUGCCGCUGGAUAAGCAAAAGUUCCGCAUUGCCAAGUCGCGAUACGAUUCCAUCGACUCGUACCUGUCGCCCGAGGGAGCCAAGUACAACGAUGUGCCGCUCACCUACGAUGAGACAGUGUACCAGCGUCUAAUCGAGGGCGGCAUCGAUCAUCUGCUGGCCCAGCAUGUGGCCCAUCUGUUCAUCCGCGACACGGUGUCGCUGUUCAGCGAGAAGGUGCACCAGAACGACAACGAGGACACCGAUCAUUUCGAGAACAUCCAGUCGACCAACUGGCAGACCAUGCGCUUCAAGCCGCCGCCGCCGAACAGCUCGAUUGGCUGGCGCGUGGAGUUCCGACCGUGCGAGGCGCAGAUCAGUGAUUUCGAGAACGCGGCCAUCGUCUGCUUCGUGGUGCUGCUCACCCGGGUGAUCCUCUCCUACCAGCUGAACUUCCUCACGCCGAUCAGCAAGGUGGACGAGAACAUGCAGACGGCCCAGAAGCGCGAUGCCUGUCGCAAGGAGAAGUUCUGGUUCCGCAAAUCCUCGAAGACCACCGAGCAAAGGGCGGCCAAGGCGCAGGCCCAGGCCCAAGCUCAGGCCCAGGGCCAGACCAAUGGCAAGGCCACCUUGAACGGCAAUGGACUGGCCAAUGGCAAUGGCAGCGAGAACGGCGACCAGGAGGAGCAGCAGCCUCUCACCAACGGUACGGCCAAGUUGAAUGGGCAUGGCAACACCAAUGGCACCACCAAUGGCACCACCAACGGCACCACCAACGGCACCACCAAUGGCUCCUCCAAUGGCGCAGAUAGCGAUCACACCGACACCGAUGACGAGGAGAACGAGCUGUUCCAGCUGCUGUCCAUCAAUGAGAUUUUCAAUGGAAAGCCCAAUGUGUUUCCCGGUCUGGUGCCAUUGAUCCGCAGCUAUUUGCAGUCCAUGGAGGUGGACACCGAUACGCAUUGCACCAUUGAACAGUAUCUGCGCUUUAUUGAGAAGCGUGCCGCCGGCGAGCUGAUCACCACGGCCACCUGGAUGCGUGAGCAGGUGCUCAGCCACCCGGACUACAAGCAAGACUCCGUGGUGAGCGAGCGCAUCAACUACGAUCUGCUGAAGCGCAUCCAGGGCAUCCAGGAGGGCAAGCAGGUGGAGCCGGCGCUGCUCGGCCAGGGCUAUCAUUCCAAGACGAAGACGAAAGAGUUCAUUCCGCCGGCGCUGCAGAAGCAACUGGCCAAGAACGGCUGCUGCGAGGAGAAAUGAUCGAGGAGCGCGCUGCGGACGCGACCAACGCAGCUGGCCGCCGGUGGCCGGCGCAUGUGAUUCGGGUUUUGUGGGUCCGUUUGGAUGUAGUGCGGCAUAUUGUUGAGGGCAAAGUCAAAGGCAACGGCGAAAGCGAAAGGCAACGGCAACGGCAAAACGAACCGAAACGAAGCGGAUACGGAGCAACAUUUAUCAAUAUUAAUUUUAUAGCAUAAUUUAAAAAAAAAGGAAAAACGAAAAGGAUUAACAAUAGCGUGCACCAGGAUCCUAAUUGUGGACAAAUGUUUUGCGGCCGUGCGUGGCCUUUGGAUGAAUGCGCAAAGAAGGCAGACAGCAGCAGGAGGAGGAGGAUGUAGAAGGAGGAGUGUGGAGUGAGGACUGAGGACUGAGGAAUGGUUAUGGGGCACAUGAGGAUCCCCGCGCGCGGAUCCCCAGCCAGCCAGGUUAUCCUCCGCUUCACCAGGCUCUCGUCGUCAUCGGUUUCGAUGGAAUUUCGGAAUAUCGGGAUCCCCCGAGCCCUCGAUCACAACUGAUUUGCAAUAGUUGAAAAGCUAACAAAAGAGAACUACGAAAUCUACUAUAUACCAAUGUCAAGGACUACAACAACAUAAAUCUCAACCAAGUGCCGUUCCGCAAGACCUACAAAAAAUAUGAAUACAAAUAGUUCAAAACGAGGCAAGGUUAAGCGUAUUUCUGUUUGUUUUCGUUUACAUCAUAUAUUUAUUAUAUUAUUCCUAUUCUUAUAAAUGCAAGUACAAUGGAGAGUUGUUUUUUUUUUAAUAGAUCUAUUUACACACACACACGCAAAACACACAUAUGUCUAAAAGUGGCCUGCUGUUAUUAAACUAGAUAUGAUAAGUAUAACUACAAACAACACUUGUGCUAUUAUAAUUUAUUGUGUAUGUGAUUGUUUCACCAUUAUGCUACGAUUAUGAUUUAUUGUGACCACAAGCAAGCAAAUAAACGGAAAAAAUUGUUGAA